AGUGCCAGAGGAGCUGCAAGCGAUCCCCCCACCUCCCCACCCUGCGUUUCACGCAGGGCUGGCGCGGGAUCAGCCAGCAUCACUCUUAAUAAUCUCCCCAUAGCAUCGCCCCGACGCGGACUGGCGCUCACCGGUCCCGAUCUGGGGCGAGGGCGCGGGAGGCACGGCGGCAGCCAGUAGACGGCGAUCGCCGCCUGCUCCGGGGCGCCCGGCUCGGCCCCGCCGCCCCUUGGCCCCCUCCUCGUCCGCGGCGGCACAGAGGGCACAGCGUCGGCCGGGCCCGCGGCGGGCGACCCCCGCCCCGAGGGGGCGGCCCUCCUGCCGCAGCCGGGAGCGGGGGGAGGCGCGUCCCGCCGCACAGCGCAGAGGUGGGGGGUAGCGGAGGCCGAGGGAGGCACUCGUCAGUGCGGCCGGCCCGAGAGCGGGCCCUUCCGGCACCUGUCCACUCCGCGGGCUCGGGCGGUGGCCAGGGCUGCGAGCUGACUUUUAGUUCUUCCCGCACUGGGAACAGGACUUUCCCUUUGGCUCCUCUGCAGCGUUCACCCAGCACACAUCGCUUCUCGGGGCCGCCUCCACCUAUUCCUUUCACCACCCGACCCCUGGUUCUUGGCAACCCACUUUCCUCUUGGGGAAAGCCCAAGUACCUCCCAUCUCCGGGCACAGCCCCCAGCUGCAUUACCCUAGCCCCGUAGACCUCUUUUGGCUUUUCUCCCCUGUCAAAUGACACUCGCAAAAGCGCUUGACCUCGUUCCUUGUCCCGCGAACAGGGAUCCGCGCUACCUUUACCACGGAAGAAAAGCCCCUGUCUGCCUUCCCGAGCUGGUUUUUAUGUCUCCUCUCCCACCCCCCUCUACCCCCUGUUCCGUCGAUACACAUCCUCCAGCCGCCGGAGAACUGGGUGCGCCUGGGCCAGAGGCAAGAGGGCUCACGGCAGCAGCAUAUCCUUGCUCCUCGCUCCCUGUCUGCAUUUCACCCCCAAAAAGACCGCGUUCGUGGUAGUUUGGCUGCUUUUAGGAGAGGGAAGGGGCGCUCUGUGUUUAUCUGCCGGGGGCGGAAGGAAAGAGAGGGAAACCCCAGACGGACAAAAGUCCCAGGAGGGGGGCAGCCUCAGGGGCUUCCAGAUGAGCGAUUGCCCUCACACCAGAGAAGGGAAGACAGGGUCAGCCUCCUCCACCUUUUACCUGCAUGUGAGGGAGAGGGAAGCUGGUGUGUUUCACCAGUUCCUAGGGAUAAGCAUAUGUUCCCAUGGGGACUUCUGGCUGGCAGGAUGCAAAGAACUCCUCUGGAAAAGGUUGGCCUACAGAGAUUCGACCCAUUUAUUUAUCAGGAGGCCUUUAGGUACCUUAAUAUCAAAUUUCAGGAAGAAAUACCACUAAGGCCUUGAGUGGAUGGAUAAUGUGCGAGCCAUGUCAUUUAUCUCGCAGGUUUUACUCCUAAUAUCUUCAUUUGGCCAUCCAAGUGGAAACGUGCCUUUCUGCAGAAGCGUUCUCUCCCUUCCCCCUCCCCUCCUACCUCAACCAAUUAUUUUUUAAAUACAUAAUUUAGCAAUCACAGCAGCCUCGCUUGUUUUGCCACAGCAGAUGUGGCAACUUGAGAAAAUAUCAGCUGGAGAAACAUGUGUCCAAUCCUGCACUACCUCCUGUCCCCUCUUUGAAUCCCUAAGGUUGACUAGAAGGGAACAGGAUCCUCCCAAAAGCAUGCCCAUCUGAGCUAACAUCAUCACUCAGGCUGAGCUCAAAAGGCCCAGAAGCAGGCCAAGCCUUUGGACAGCAGCAAUUGAGAGGUGCUUUCGUCUUGCCAGAAAACCCAGAUUAUCAUGAUGAGAUCACUAUUUCACAACAAGUCAUUGGAAAUGGGAAAAAAAAAGUCUAAUCAUAGCCCAGCGCCUAAGGGUGGUGCUUUGUGUAUGGCGUGUAUUCUCACUGCAGAAAACUUCUGGUGGUAAUAGCAGUAGCUGGGGAAGCUGCGGCAUGAUUCCAGCCUUGAAUGGCCACUAGGGUCAGGAGAAUUUACACUCACAGACCAUGAAAAGAACAGGGAUGCAUGUGUCCCUUUCUCCACCUGACAAAAGAUGAUGGGGGCAGCAGUUUAUAUCUGCGUGGGCACUUGUGCGACAGACUUGCCAUUCCUAUGGCUGCAAUUAAAGAUUGCAGCAUUAAUUUCCACGUGGACCAUUUUCUCCCCUCUGUAAAAUAACUAAAAUCUCACAGGACAGCCAAGGCACAAAGGUAGUCUUUUAAUAUUUUCAAGGGGGAAAAAAAAGUCAUACACCUGUACUUACUCUACAUCAAUAUAACAUAUUUUUUCAUGUAUCUUCUUUAGUCGCAGGUGAUUUUAAAUCCCCUAGGACUAAGUGAAUAAUGACUGCGUCCAGUCUCUGCCUCGUGCCCGGGCCUAGUUUUAACUCUGCCUCGUGCCUGGGAGCAGUUUUAACACCUGGGAGAGACGUCUGAGGGGGCACUGGAGAAAUCUCCAGAACGGACCAAGUCCCGAGGAAAAGGCAGUCUUAGGCGCCGCUCGCACCGGUUCUGUGGCGGGGCGGACAGCCUGGGGCACCUCAGCCCCCCUAAAUACCGCUCGACGGUCGCCUAAGCGCGGGGCCGGGCCUGCCCGGGGCGCUGCCCGUGGGGCGGGCGGGUUGGCCGGGAUGGCGGGAUGGGGUGCGUUGUGUCCCCGCCUCGGGGGCGCCCCCUCCGCCCGCGCGCCCCCCCGCGCGCGGCGCGCCCCGCCGCACGUCACCGCCCGGCGCGCGCCAUAUGCAAAUCACGGCCCGGCGGCGCACCCCCAUUGGCCGCCGGCAGGCGAUUUAAGGCGGGCUCGGCGCGCGCCGUAUGGCUGCGGCGCCGUUCGCCCGCGCGCCCGGCGGCUCCUCCUCCUUCUCCUCCUUUCCCGGCCCCGUCCCGGCCCCGUCCCGGCCCCUUCCCGGCCCGUCCCGCCCGGGCCGCGGGAGGGAGACCACCGCCAGCAAAUUACUGUGCCGCCGCGCCCCGGCCGCCGGGCUCGGCGCGUGUUUUGGUUGGGCUUCUUCCCCCCACCCCCUCCCUCCCCUGAUCCUCCUCCCGCUUUUUUUUUUUUUCAGUUAACGUUUAAAUACUUUUUUUUUUUUCGCCUCCUUUCGCGUGGCGGUGGGUUCUCCUCUCUUCUGCUCCGUUCACCUGCGAUCAGCGGAUGCAAGUCACACACGCUCUCUCCCCUCCCUCCCUCUCUCUCUCCAAGUUAGCAGCAAAGAACAAAAAAAAAAUAGCUCCGUUAAGGAUAAGAGAGGGAGCGGAGGGGUGUGCGCGCGUCUGCCGGGGAGCGCCGGCGAGCGGAGGACACCGCCGACGGCUCCGCACACUCCUCCCGCCGCGCCAAGUGAAGGAGCAAGUUUGCCGUGCACCUGUUUGAGCAGCUCGAACUCCCGUCGCCGCCGAGCCCCGAAAGUGGUUUGCAAAAGGGAGAAAGUUUUUCGCCGGUGGGGUCGCCGAUCGCCCUCCUCGCGGUUUUCUUCUCCUCUUUUUUUUUUUUCCUUUCUUUUUUUUUCCACGGCGGUAGCUACCUAGAUACGAACGGGUUUCACCUCGCUCGCUCCCCGUCCGCCCGGGCUCCUCUAUGUUUGAUUCAUUUUUCACGUCUGGCGCCGGUGGAAAAUAAAAAAGCUACUUGAAUGUACAGCAUGAUGAUGGAGACGGACUUGCACUCCCCCGGCGGAGCCCAGGCCCCCACGAACCUCUCGGGGCAGACCGGAGCGGGAGGCGGCGGAGGAGGCGGCGGCGGCGGCGGCGGGGGGAACAAAGCGAACCAGGACCGGGUCAAGAGACCCAUGAACGCCUUCAUGGUGUGGUCGCGGGGCCAGCGGCGGAAGAUGGCCCAGGAGAACCCCAAAAUGCACAACUCGGAGAUCAGCAAGCGCUUGGGGGCCGAGUGGAAAGUCAUGUCGGAGGCCGAGAAGAGACCGUUCAUCGACGAGGCGAAGCGGUUGCGGGCGCUGCACAUGAAGGAGCACCCGGAUUAUAAAUACCGGCCCCGGCGGAAGACCAAGACCCUGCUCAAGAAGGACAAGUACUCGCUGGCCGGGGGGCUGCUGAGCGCCGGCUCGGCCGCGGGAGGCCCGGCCGGUGUCGGCGUGGGCAUGGGCGUCGGCGUCAGCCCGGGCGGUGUUGGGCAGCGGCUGGAGAGCCCCGGCGGCACGGCCAGCGGCGGCUACGCGCACAUGAACGGCUGGGCGAACGGCGCCUACCCGGGCUCGGUGGCGGCGGCGGCGGCGGCGGCGGCGAUGAUGCAGGAGGCGCAGCUCGCCUACAGCCAGCACCCGGGCAGCGGGGGGCACCCGCACCACCCGCACCCCCAUCACCCGCACCACCCGCACAACCCGCAGCCCAUGCACCGCUACGACAUGGGCGCCCUGCAGUACAGCCCCAUCUCCAACUCGCAGGGCUACAUGAGCGCCUCGCCCUCGGGCUACGGCGCCCUGCCCUACGGCUCCCAGCCCCACCAGAACUCGGCGGCGGCAGCGGCGGCGGCGGCGGCGGCGGCGGCCGCCUCCUCGGGGGCGCUGGGCGCCCUGGGCUCGCUGGUAAAGUCGGAGCCCAGCGUGAGCCCGCCCGUCACUUCGCACUCGCGGGCCCCGUGCCCCGGGGACCUGCGGGAGAUGAUCAGCAUGUACUUACCGGCCGGGGAAGGUGGUGAUCCGGCGGCAGCUGCCGCCCAGAGCCGGCUCCACUCCCUGCCCCAGCACUACCAGAGCGCCAGCACGGGGGUGAACGGCACCGUCCCCUUGACGCAUAUCUGAACCCCCGCCGGCACCGGAGCGGCGGAGGCAGGCUCGGGUGCGAGCACCGGCUCGGCUUUCGGGCCCCGGCCGCGGCCCCGGGCCGUUCCGCUGGACUGCGCGCCCCGCCGCUGCCACCGCACGCUCAGCCCCGGCCGCCCUCCCGCGUCCCGGCCCCGCGCCUCUCCUGCCCCGCUCCCAGGUUCCCCCUCUUAUUUUUGCCUCUCGCGCCCCUUCCCUCCCGCCCUUCCCCGCCUCUCUUUUUUUUUUCUUUCUUCCUUCC